CUGAUUUUGGUAGCUGUUUAGGAGAUUAUUUUUUGAGGGAUUGGGGGAGACUAGAUGUUGUCUGUUACUAACUAAAAGGUCGAUUCUUUCAUACAGCAGCCAGUACGAUCGGUAGUAAACGGGAGCCCAAAGGAUGAAAUCAAGACCGACAGCCACUGUAAGCCGGAUCACGGCAAUCAGCAGUACCUUUGUAGAUUUCGGUCCCCUUCGACGAGAUAAUCUGAAGUGAAUAUGAGGAGAAAGGGGCCGCCAGGUUCCCGGUAGCUAGACAGUCUUGCUAGAUAACCGUUGCUGAAACGGCAUUAUUGAUGCAAACAUCCAACGGAACGCAUACUUGGAGGGAAAUCGGCAUGUCACGCUACACACAUAUCCUCAGCCACUCGCCACUAAAACGUCAACAAACGUCACCACUUCUCCAGCCAAGCGACCCAAGCGCUCUCGCCCGCCGCGCCACUCCCCAUUCCAUUAGAAUAAAGUCCAUCAGAUAUCCAGUCCAUCGGCAAUGAGACUCCUAACUCACUUUUUUCGCAUUCGCUAAGAUUACAUCAUCCUAGUUGGAGCUAAACGUACGCCGCCACAAAUCAUAGUUAGUCCACCAGGAUUGCUAGGUAGAUAGGCGAGUGCGAAGUGCGAACAGCACAGCCCGGCAUCUUUCAGCCCCACGCGAGAGCGAGGUUCCUCUACCGACAAAUAAUCGUCUCCGCAUAAGACGAUUCUUGAAUUGGAAACAGGAAAAUUGAACAAUAACAAGCGAAUGCGAAUUAGGCCUCAAAUCCAGACCAUCUUGGAUACAGCAAAUAACCUAUAAGUACAAUAUUUAGUCUACUUCAACGAAUAAUCUGCAUUUCGCAUCUCGCAUCUCGCACCAAAAAGCUUAGCCCUCCAUCCGCCACCCACACAGCCUCCAAAGCUCCACAUACCAUCAACAUUCACCACGACCCCUAAACAGAAAUCCAUAAAAUAUAUAUUCACCAUGUGCCGCAGACACUACAAUCCACCAAACCAAGCACACUUCCCAACCACAGAUCUGCCUAUCAACAACCACCUACAAUCCCCAAUCACUGGCCUGCCCAUCAACCGUCUUCAACUACAACCACAAGCACUACCCAUCAACCGCCUUCAAGCACAACCACAACCACUACCCAGAACCCGCUGCUGUGCCCCACGCACCCGCCACCCAAACUACCUCAUCGACCCUCAAACCGACCGCCCGCACACAAUGGCAUCUCUCCU